AUGGGCGAGCCCAUGGAUAUCGAUCUGAGCAUUGACGAACGCAUGGCACGCUUCGACCAAUGGAUGAACCGCCCCGUCUUCACUCCUCUCCCCCGUGCACCAACUCCCCCCAGUCAGAGAUGGCCUCUCAGCAUCUCCAACAAGCGCCUUCCAAACUGGGACGCAGAGGAAGACACCCAAGCCAGUUCGAGCACCAACGGCUGGGGCUCACCUGCUAAGCCGCCCCGUUCAGUGCGCACCUUCGGCAGUCGCCUGGCCCAGGCAACACCCACCGGGUCCAAGUAUGUCGAGGACCCCAGCCAUGUCCUUCUUAUCCUCCCCGUACCCCGCGACGUCACCCCGACCGCCAUUCAACAGUACUUCAUAGGCCGGGUUGGUCCUGUGAGCGCCGUCAAGUUGGACGACGGAGUGGCUACCAUCUGGUUCAGACGUGCAGACGCAUGGCGAGCGUGCGGCAUGAUGAAGAACUAUGCUCUCGAUGGUCGCAAGCUAUGUGCCUUUGUGGUACCCCCACUCCCUGGCGAAGAUUCUGCACCACCAUCGUGGGUCCGAGUCGCCGCAUCCACAGAGCCCUCCUCCAUGACACACUCCGCAUGGCCUACGCCCGCCACCACUCCUUUGGCGUCACCCACCAGAGUUCAGACUCCAGCUCAACCUGCGCGCGGAGCGCCACAGUCCAACCCCAAGGCCACUGCCAAGCCAGCGCCGUUGCCUUCGCGCCCGUGGCACCCCCAGGGUGUGCCCAAAGGAUCCGCCAACAAUGGCGGUGGUCGCAGCGCCAGCACCACGUCCCGAAACUCUCGCACAAACCGCAAGCGAGGCGCUGGAAACUGGACCGCUACACAGCCUCCACCACCCAAGGCCUCGGGACUGGCAGGCUCGUCCAAACGCACGGCGCCAACCUCCGGCAACAAUGCCGCAGCCAACCGGGCGUCUUGGCAAGCUCCAGCCGAGUCAGAGGCAGAUUCACCCAGCGAGGCAGCCAGAAGGGAAGAGCGUCGAAGGCGCGGCAGUGGCCAGGUCGCCAAGAUGGCGGGUCUCAUGCGCUCCGUUGCUGCUGACAACCAGAAGCGUGACGCGCAGCGUGGCUCGCGUUAA